UAUUCCAACCUUACCAAUAGUUGCACAGAUAACCCUGGUGGUACAACAGGUAGCACAUUUAUCAGCUCCUACGGCAAUGGUGCAAUAUAUACUAUGUAUUGCAACAAAGAUACAGCCCCUCCUGCAAUAUUCUCGCUCUUUGCCGGUAGCUUUAACAGCUGUAUGGAAUCAUCCACGGUGUGGAACCUGUGGCGCCAAAACAAAGACUACUCAUAUCCCAGAUGCCAAACUGUCUCAUUUGUUCCCUACUGGGCCAAUAUCGCAAAAGCAGCUGACGGUGGUUGGACUGGGGACUGCUGGCUGAAACCCGAACCUUUUUCUUUUGCGAAUCUGAGCAAGGUCACUAUUGGGACUGAGUGCCACUCUGCUAUUGCAAACUCAUAA